UCUUUCAUGAAAAAGCGUGUUUAUGAAGUUUGGAAAGGAAGUAAUAAAAUUUUCCUCGGUGGAAGGCUAAUAUUUGGUCCUGAUGCUAGAUCUUUGCCAGUCACAUUACUGCUGAUAAGCGCUCCUGCUAUUGUCUUUUGCAUAUUUGUUGCAAGGCAUCUUCGACAUGCGUUUUAUCCAUAUAAUGCAGGAUAUGCUGUUAUGUUGGUAGCAGUUGUCUUUACUAUCAAUGUGUUGAUUAUCCUUUUCCACAUAUCAUCCCGGGACCCAGGAAUCAUUCCUCGCAAUUCACGUCCCCCAGAUGAGGAGCCUCACCAUGAUUCCUCUGUAUCACCUGAGGCUGGGAAUCGAGGCCGUCAGUUCCUUCGAACUAAAGAAGUUAUGGUUAACGGAAUUCAGGUGCGAGUGAAGUAUUGUAGCACAUGCAUGCUUUAUCGACCUCCCCGUUGCUCCCACUGUUCCAUUUGCAACAAUUGUGUUGAGCGUUUCAAUCACCACUGCCCUUGGGUUGGGCAAUGCAUUGGACUGCGCAAUUACCGGUUCUUUUUAAUGUUUGUUUCUUCGGCAACUCUUCUGUGCAUCUAUGUGUUCUCCAUGUCAUCAUUCUACAUUAAGGUUCUGAUGGAUGAUAACCGUAGAACAGUUUGGGAAGCAAUGAAGGAAUAUCCUCCAUCUGUCGUACUAAUGGCCUAUUGUUUUGUUGCUCUGUGGUUUGUUGGUGGACUCACCGGGUUUCACUUGUACCUGAACAAACCAGUAUUUUGCUCGAAGUCCAAGAAUAAUUUCCGGGUGUUUGUCCAAGAGGAGGUACCAAGGCCUACUUUACCAAGUACGGAGGAAGCAAAAACAGAAGAUCGAGGUGUAGAGCCGCGUUCAAAGGUCGACGCUGAAAUAGAGAACAAUGAAGAUCUUCUAUUGAAGAUAUCCCAGCAGUGUAUUAUCGAGGAAGGUGAAGAUCUAUCAAAGAUCUCCCAACGACAUAAAGACGAGGAAAAUGAGAAGGGCUUUCAUAGUAUGGAGGGCAAUGAUCAUCCUCCCCAGACUACCUUGGAUGUUUAA